CAGAUCGUCUGCAAAGCUCACACCUGGAACCUGUUUGCUCGCGCUUCUGGCGCACUCUUGUUUUGUGACCCCGGAUCUGCCUGAGAAACAGCCCUAACCCGGUAUUGAAGCGCUGACUUCACUCUAUCUUCAGCCCAGAGCCCAGAGCGCACACAGUGAAUGAGCUAGGACCUAAACCUUUGUGGAUACUAUACUAGCCUAUAUCAAUGACUCUUGAGGAAGUUCACGGACAAGAUAACUCUGAAACAACUGACAGAAUGCAGGUCAUCGGUACUGCUUUGGAAGAGCUACUCGUUUCGGCGAAGAAACAAGAUUGCUUGACAGUAGAGGUAUACGAAUCAGCAAAAGUCAUGAAUGUUGAUCCAGACAAUGUUGCAUACUGCGUGUUAGCGACUGACGAGGAGUACGAAUGCGACAUUGCCCUCCAGAUUCACUUCACCCUCAUCCAGGCUUUUUGCUUUGCCAACCACAUCAACAUCGUGAGGGUGAAUGACAUCGAGCGCCUUGCCUGUAUUGUUGCCACUGACGAGUCGGAGGAACCUAAAGACGCUCACUGUAUUCUUGUCACAGUAAACUUUGGCACCACUUCAGUUCCUGUUUAACCUACCAUGCCAUUUAUGCUGCAGCUAUUUAUGCUCCAGCUAUUUGAAGGUUAAGUUCGUGUUUAGGUCAUGCUAAUUCUUGAUUGGAGAUGCAGAUCACAUUGUGUGUAGGCAACAGGUCUUGUGGAAGAGACAAAAUAAAAAAGACACAUGAUGUUAGAGUAAGCAAUACAAAUGAAUGACAGUGUUUGAAUCUGGUAGAAAUAAGACAAGUGUUAAGUCUGUGUGGUAGGCUCUCAGAGAGGAGAGUCCUGAUAUCAGGCAUAAUACACAGAACAAUGGCAUGUUAAUAUUGUCAAAGAAUAUCAUGACCUGCUCUGGCUGGAUGCUGGUUACAUGUUGCUCAG